UCGCCCUCUCUCUGCAGCAGUUCCUCACCAGCGCUGCGGACCAGCGCACCUCUGCUGAGAGCCUGCAGGAAUAUACCACCGGGAAAGCCGUUCUGUCAUUGUCAACGGCAGGUUCACGUGUGGAUUACGCGCAGGAUUAACGAAUGAUCCUCAAUAUGGACGAAUAAUCAGAUUAAUGUUUGCAGGGGCGCCUCGUCUGGACGCUGCUCCUACAUUAGCUCUGCAAUGUUUCAGACGUUGCGGACGUCUUUACUAUCAAGUGCCCGGUGCUGGGAUACCGACAGUGAGCGGUCGUACCAGAGCCUGUUUGACCGGCUCGACACCAAUAAAGAUGGAAAAGUGGAUGUGGCUGAGCUGCGAGCGGGCCUCAAGGCUAUGGGGAUAUUCCGCCACGGCGCCGCACAGAAAAUCGUGUCAUCCGGUGAUCAAAACAAAGACGGUUAUUUGGACUUCAACGAGUUCACCAAAUACUUGAAAGAACACGAGAAAAAGCUGUGGCUGACAUUCAAGAGUUUGGACAGGAACAACGAUGGGCGCAUUGAUGCGACAGAGAUCCAGCAGUCCCUGGCCGAGCUGGGCAUGGAUGUCAGCAAGGUGGAUGCCCUGAAAAUUUUAAAGAGUAUGGACAUUGACAGGACCAUGAUGGUUGACUGGAAUGAGUGGAGAGAUCAUUUCCUGCUGUGCCCUGCCCAUGACCUGGAAGAGAUCAUACGCUACUGGAAACACUCCUCGGUGCUGGACAUCGGUGACAGCCUCGCCAUCCCAGAUGAGUUUACGGAUGAGGAGAAGAACUCGGGUGUCUGGUGGAAGCAGCUGGUUGCAGGCGCGGCGGCAGGCUCCGUCUCUCGCACUGGUACGGCACCACUGGACAGAGUCAAAGUCUUCAUGCAGGUUCAUUCGACUAAGGCAAAGCCCAUAAGUGUGAUUGGGGGUUUCAGGCAGAUGAUCGUCGAGGGAGGACUGGCGUCACUGUGGAGAGGAAAUGGAAUCAACGUUUUGAAGAUCGCACCAGAAACAGCAAUCAAAUUUAUGGCAUAUGAACAAUAUAAGAAGUUGUUAACGUCGGAAGGAAAGAAGAUUGAGGCGCAUAAGAGAUUCAUGGCCGGCUCUAUGGCUGGAGCCACAGCUCAGACAGCCAUCUACCCAAUGGAGGUAUUAAAGACCCGUCUGACCUUGAGGAAAACUGGCCAGUACACAGGAAUGUUUGGCUGUGCCAAGACGAUUCUGAGGAAGGAAGGUGUCAUAGCUUUCUAUAAGGGCUACAUUCCAAACUUAUUGGGUAUCAUUCCCUAUGCUGGGAUAGACCUUGCUGUUUAUGAGACGCUGAAGAACGCCUGGUUGGCGUAUUACGCCAAAGACACAGCUAAUCCUGGUGUUCUGGUGUUGCUGGGCUGCGGUACCAUCUCUAGUACCUGCGGCCAGCUGGCCAGCUACCCUCUCGCACUUGUACGGACAAGAAUGCAGGCGCAAGCAUCUCUGGGUGGAUCAGACCAGCCUUCCAUGAGUACUCUGCUGAAGAACAUUGUAGCCAAAGAUGGUUUCUUUGGGCUCUACCGGGGCAUCCUGCCAAACUUCAUGAAAGUCAUUCCUGCUGUCAGCAUUAGCUAUGUGGUUUACGAGUACAUGAAGACUGGCUUAGGAAUCUAAAAAUUUACCACAAGGAGUGGAGAAGAACAGUCUCUAUUCGUUGGACAUGAAAAAUACCGGACACGACUCCAAAGAGACGGAUGGACAUCUAACUUACAGAGCAUGACUUCAUUGGUUCAUGGCAUGGAAGGUCGUUAAUGGACUUUCAAAGAGUUGCCUGCCAGUAGCUAAAGUCUUAAUCAGUUGUGGUGCGCAUGCUUUAUUUUUGAUUUUGUGGUUGCACAUAAUACACUCCCUACCUUUACAAACCGUCCAAAAGAAUGCUUGACACAGUAAAGUUCUGUAAAUAUUACAAAAAUAAUAUAUUUACAAAAUAAGUGUUUUUUAAUUUAUGUCUUUUUUUUCCUUUAAACCACAAUGAAACAAGAAUGAAACACAAUGUUGUGCUUUUUGUUAUCACAGUAAGAGAGAGUUUGAUCUUAUUGCAUGCCGCGUUUGUGUUGGAAUGAGAAAAGUAACACUAUAUCUGUUUAAAUGUUCACGUCUUUUUCUCACUUUUAAGUUUAAAACACCUGCACUGGAAUGACAUCUACACCAAAAAAGCAGUGCGCCAAUCAGCAGCAUUCAGCUAAGGAUAACUGGUCCUCAAAAAUCAAUAGUUGGUAAUACUGGAAAAGUGUGUGUAUAAAGACACACAUGUUGGACAAUGUGAAAACCACUAAUCCCACAUCCUGUAUGUGGUAAUAAUUGAAAUGUGCCUUACAGCCUCAUGAUGCAACCUUGGAGAAGAGUUUUUAGCUCUACAUACUGUAUUUAUGUAGUACAUUUACUUUAUGAAUGUUUUUAGGUAUUUUUAUUUAUUGGGUUUAUACAUAAACAGCCCUAAUAACUGGUCAUUGGACUGAAAUACCUACAAAGAGCAUAUUUUGUCAUGUUUCACUUCUUUUUCAACAGAUUAAGACUACCUUUUCUUAAACCUGCAGAGAUACACUGAUAGCAGGAUCUUGAUAUGGUUUACAUUUUGGUACUUGGUCUUUUACCCAGCUGAAGGGUAGAAAUCAAGUUUAUAAUCCAUGAAAAUAUGACUGAGUAUUAUUUUAAGUUAUAUUACUGUAGAUUUUGAAGUCUGAAACUGAUCCUGCUUUGUAAGUAGUUGAACCUUCACACUGCUGGUCUGUUCUCAGCAAUGUCAGGUUUGUAGACUAAAUUGGGGAGUUGGGGGUUUGAAAGUGAUUAAAGCAAAGUGUACAACAAAAUGUGUCAUUCAUUUUGAGCACAUUUUCAGAAGAAGACCAAAUAAGAUCAGAAUAUGGGCACAUUUCUGCCGACUACAGUUAUGCAAUUAUUAAUUUGUAUUAAUCAUUAGCCCUCAUACCUGAACGGCAGGAGUGGGUGCAUUAAGAUGGCGUCCCUAAAAGAUUAGAUAAGAGAACAAAGUAAGUGGACAUUGAAAUUAAGCAGCUAAGUCAACUAUGUGCUCUUAGACAUUUCUGUAGCAGCUGUGUGCGCCAUGUAAGUUGUGAUUUCUGUAUUUACAUUGUUCAUUUCCUGAGCUAUUUACUUUGCAAUUCAUUGUACUUUCAAUUGUAUUGCUUAUACCAAGUUUUCUACCUCUCCCAAGAUUUUUUUAAGUAUCUGCAUUCAUCAUUUUUUUCCUUGGUGUACUGUACAGUAUUGGAGAAUUACUUUUGCAUAAAAAAAUAAAAAAUGCAAAUGAAGAAAGAGAAAUACUGGCUG